UCAGACUCAGAAACAUCACAAGAAGAUACAACAAUAACACAGAAAGAAAACCAACCAAACACACACCAAAACACACAAAACACAAGAAACCAAAUGACAGCACCAGCAACAUUAGAGAACAUCAGCAACAACACAACAGAUUCACUUGAACAACCACCAACCAGCACACAGCACAAGUGGCACAUAGUAACACACAAUACAAGAGGAUUCAACAACCCCCUCAAAAAAGCGUUAUGGGAAAAAUACUGUACAAACAACAAG